AUGGAGAACUAUAGACAGUAUCCGUACGCAUCGGCUGGGCAGCCGAUGCGUGUAGCAUCCACGGACUUCUUUACCAUUGGGCCAUACAGAAGACGGCGAGAUCAGGCCAGAGUGUCUGUUGUCCAGAAAUACGAAAUCUUGGGGUAUAUCGCUGCGGGAACAUAUGGUAAGGUGUACAAAGCUCGCGGCAAGACAAAGGAACUGGGCAACGGUCUGUAUGCCAUCAAGAAGUUCAAGACAGACUCCAAAGACAACGAGGUAACUCAUUACACAGGAAUCAGCCAGAGUGCGAUACGAGAGAUGUCGCUCUGCAAAGAGCUGGAACACAAGAAUAUCUCGAGAUUGAUAGAGAUCAUUCUCGAACGAAAAUGUAUAUAUAUGGUUUUCGAGUUUGCAGAACACGAUCUUCUGCAGAUCAUCCAUUAUCACUCGCAGCCGGACCACAAACAAAUCCCAGAACAGACACUAAAGUCGGCCAUGUACCAAAUAUUGGAAGGGCUUUCAUUUCUACAUCAGAACUGGGUAUUACACAGAGACCUUAAGCCAGCAAACAUCAUGGUUACGAACGAUGGAGUGGUCAAGAUUGGAGACCUUGGUUUGGCCAGGAAGUUCAGCAACCCUUUGCAAAGUCUCUACUCGGGCGACAAGGUUGUGGUCACUAUUUGGUACAGAGCGCCGGAGCUGCUGCUGGGGGCGCGUCACUACACACCUGCCAUUGACCUAUGGGCUGUCGGAUGCAUUCUGGCGGAACUUCUCUCGCUACGUCCACUAUUCAAAGGCGAAGAAACCAAAAUGGAUAACAAGAAACAGGUACCGUUCCAGGAAAAUCAAGUGAUCAAGAUCCUCGAGAUCCUAGGCACUCCAACGCUAGAUAAGUGGCCCAGCCUGAACAGUUACCCAGAAUACCCGCAUUUGUCCAAGAUAUCGACGUUUCCAUCAAACCUGAAAGCAUGGUACCAAUCAAAUGGAGGAAGCAACAAAAAUUGUCUUCGGUUGCUAGCGAGUCUGCUGGAAUACGACCCUGCCAAGCGCAUAGAUGCGCUUGAGUCGCUAGACCAUAAAUGGUUUCAGGAAGCGCCCAAGCCGGUCGAUAACAUUUUCGCCAACUCACCCUUCAAAUAUCCGCAGCGAAAAAUUCAAAAAGACGAUAACGACAUCCUGGGCGGCACGUCCCAAACAUAUUACAAUGGGAAACGUGCUUUUGGAGCCUACGAAGAUCCAAGGAAAAGACGCUAA